CAACUCGCAUCGGCCGGCGGAAGAUCGCCGUCGAUUAGCUUGGAGACCCCGCACAGCAGAUGGGCCCUGACGUCGGCUAGCCCGAGAAUGUCGCUGAGGCUGGACCAGACCAGAUGCCAGAACUCGUCGAGGACCGCAGACGUCGUUGCUGCACUGGCUGGGCCAUCGGACAUGGCGCAGUGAUCGCUCGACGGAUAUCAGGACCGGCGGCCACGAUGGUACGGCCGGGCAGGGACGAUGCCGUGUCGAGUUGGAGGAAUGGGUCAGGGUCAAACCAGAGGCGGGAAACGGGGCCAGCGCCACACGCAGUCCAGCCAGCAGCCCUUGCCCUCCGGUUGCUGAGACCGCCGGGCCGCCGAUCUGGCCGUGAUCGGCUCUGCCACCAUCUCGACACACCCCGCUGCUGCUGCUGUUGCUGCCGAUCGACCGAGAGUACAAAUAUGGGUGGUGGAGAUCUGAACCUCAAAAAAUCAUGGCAUCCUGGAACGCUUCGCUUCCAGGAGAAGGUCUGGAAGAAAGAGAAGCAGGCCGAGGAUGAGCGCAAGAAAAUGGAGCAGCUUCAGAAGGAGCUGCAGGAGGAGCGGGCAAUGGCCGAGCUGCAGGCCCUCCAGGAGGCUGCUGGGAAAGUCAAGCCAAGGAUGGGGCGGAUGGACUGGAUGUACGGCGGUGGUCCUGGCGGCUCCUCGGCUAUCGCAGAGGAAAAAGAGUCCUAUCUGCUCGGCAAGAAGCGGAUAGACAGCCUGAUCGAACAAGGCAAGACCACCGAGGAGCUCUCUGCCUCGAAUGUAUUCUCUGCUUCGGCAGCUGGUGUGUACGGUGCAACGGCCAACACAUCCCGAGACGUUCAAACCAAGAUUCGAGAGGAUCCCCUCCUGGCGAUCAAGAAGCGCGAGCAGGAUGCGCUGCAGUCGGUCCUCAGCAACCCGUUGAAAGUCAAGCAACUGCGGCGCGAGCGCGAAGAGCGAGAGGGCAAGGACAGAAGCGAUAAGAAAGACCGGAAGGAGAAGAAAGAGCGGAAGCACAAAAAGGAGAAAAAGUCCCACCACAAAGACUCUCGUCGCAGCGAUGACCACGACGACGGCAGCAACGACCGAGACCGGUCGUCAGGCCAUGGUAGCCGAAAGCAUCGCCGGGCCGACUCGGAAUCCAGUGACAGCGACAGCGACAGCAGCGAUCAUCGCCAGGGAAAGCGCUCCCGACCCGAACCACAGCGCGAGGCAUCGCCUUCCGCACGACUACCCCGGAGGACACCAGCCGGCCCAGACGAUUUCGUUCACAGCAGCCGAGCAAUUCUGCCACGGACCGGAGAUCGAAACGACCGCGGCCAGGACCGGGACUCGAGAAGCAGUCAGGAUUACGACCGAGACCGACGUCGCCGCAGUCCCGCGAGAAGCAGAGAUCGAAGCCAAAGCCGAGAGCGCGAUCAAACCGACCGUCGCCGUCGGUCGAUCGACGAUUCGAGCCGGCGCUCGGAGGGCCAGGACCCAUCGUGACCGUCAAGAGCCCUCGCCCAAGCCCCGGCAAGACGACCUCGACCAAGAAAAGCAGCGAAAGCGGCUCGAGCGCGAGGCCAAGCUCAAGCAGAUGCAGGUUCAGGCUGAGGACUGGGACCAAGAGCGGACACAGCGCGUCCACGAGGGUCGCAAA